AUGGCGUGGCGGCGAGCUUGGGCUGUAUUGGAUGGCGCUGCGGACACUGCUGGCGGAUGGCAUACGCGCCGCAUUCACCUCCCCACCACGACAUAUAACCGUUUUUCUAUCCUGACUGAACAGAUAGAUGAACCGGAAGAGACCAGGCUUGUGGGAAAUUCGAUCAUUCGAGGACAGCUGGUGGAAUUUUGUGGAAGAGUCCCGUCUCGCAGGAGGAGGUACUGCCUUCCUGGAGCCUCCCUAGGGGACAUCAAUGCUGCCAUCGAGGACACGACCAAGGACGCCACUACUAACACCGUUUACGUUAUCCACGCAGGCACAAAUGACGUCCAGCGGUCCCGACAAGAAGAACUGAUGGCGAAAUACAAGGAAAUGAUUCGCAAGUAUAAGACUAAAUCAAAUAAUAUAAUUUCAGGCGUUCUCCCGAGGAUUAACGCGAACACAAGGUUCUACAACAUUGCGUUCAGUAUAAAUAAGAGAUUAAAGACUCUCUGCCAACAGGAAAACGUGGAGUAUCUCAAUAUAUUGAACACAGACUCUUCCAGAGAGAUGGACUUCAUCUAA